GGCGGGGCCUGCUCGCCGGGGGCGGGGCCUGGCGUGUCGCGCUCGCAGUGUUUCCUCCGUGGCCGCGGUCGCCCCUCUGUCGCCGUCCGACCCGGGGCCGCCCGGUACUGCCCGCCCCCGCCUGGAAGUGGGGAGAUCGAGCCGCGGAGGGGCGGAGCCCUGGGCGGAAGGGGCGGACCCGGAAAUCCCUCGGGGGCUGCGCCACGUCCGAGGAGGCCUUAGCCGCCGUGCGGGAGUCGCCGCCGGGCACGAUGGCAGACUGGACCCGGGCUCAGAGCCCAGAUGCUGUGGAGGGUCUUCUAGACCGAGAGAACAAGCGGAUGGCUGACAGCCUGGCUACCAAGGUUACCAGGCUCAAAUCGCUGGCCCUGGACAUCGACAGGGACGCAGAGGAUCACAACCGGUAUUUGGAUGGCAUGGUAAGGGAUCGCGGACUCAGAUUUCGCCAGUGUGACAGGCCUCUUAACUGGGAGUGUGAAGCGCUUCUCUACAAUGGCACGGUCUGGGAGAGACAACCGGAAGCUUCUGUGUGGCGUGGCUAUGGGCCUGGUUGUGGCCUUCUUCAUUCUGUUCUACUUACUGUCCAGAGCAAGGACGUGAGCCCAUGGGAGCCACCGGGAGCUGGCUUCUGGGGGUGCUGGGGCAGGCUUUGUAUCCCCUGCUUGGUGCCCUGGCUGUGAAAUACCUUGUAAAAUGAUGACCGUGGCUUGAACCUCCUUGUGUGUCGGGAGGUCACGCUCCCUCCUACCAGUGAGCUUGUGCUGUCUGGUGCCUUGGGUGCAGGGGCCCUUUCUGGGGAGCCUGGCCCCUUUAUAACCCUUUGCACCAGCAGCGAGAGGUGUGAUAGCCUCAGAGAGUCCCGGGCAGGGCACUGUUACUGGCAGCCUCCCUCCGGCCUCAGGCUCUGCUGUCACGACUCUUAGGCUGUUCUUGACAUCCGGCUGAGGCCACGUCUGGCGUGUGAAGUGGCUGGAGCUGACUCAGAAGGGCUGCGUGACAUUGGCCCUCAGAUCAGCACCUCCUCCUCUACCCAGAGGCCUCAGCCGUGAGGUGGCAGUUACUCCCUGCUAGGAGUGCUGGGUGCCAGCAGAGCAGUGUGAGCCCAAGGUCCUACCUGAAGACCUGUGACUGGAACUGGACCUGGGGAGAGACAGGAGGCAGGACGGGAAGGACGGGAGACAGGACGAGGAGUGGACCGCGCUGGGCCCUAACCCUCGGUGGUGGCACUGUGUGUCCAUGAGCGGUCUUGAGCUUGUGCUCAGGACCCAGCCUUCACCGAAGAUGUAUUUCCAGACUCCAGGCCUCGAAUUGAGAGUGCCCCCAGGGACGCUCAGACGGUCAGCUCUUGAGUGUCUUGGGGCAGCUUCCCAGCUGCCUUUCAACUCUGCCUUUCCUCUCCCAACAAGUCCACCCUGGGGGAUGGGGGCUCUGACCUGUGCAGAUGCCCCCCACCAGGCACUCGCAGCCUUAGGGCUGAUUUCUCUCUGACACAACCACCUGGCUGUCUUUGUUUCACGUCUCCUGGCUGAGCUCCUCAGCCUUCCGCAGGGGAGGGUCUCCCGGACCCUGGUGGCUGUGUUCUGACUGCCCUGCACCUGCUCACCUCUGAGGCCCCUGUUGCUCCGUGCAUCUGGGCUGCUGGCUCCCCUGCCUUCCUGGGCUUCCAGACAGGCCAUGCUGCCUGUAGUGGCCCUGCCGGGUCCCGCUUGGCCCUCAUGACCCUCCGUGCUUUCCUCUGUUGCUGCCUGUCCCUGUCUGUGGAGUGUCUGUGGGGACUCACUGGGAGCCGAACGCUGUGUCUUUCCCUCACCCCCUUUUCACCUGUGUGGUCCUGCCCCCACUUUGGCAACCCCAGGAUGCCCUAGCCAUGCCUUCCCACUUUGCCCAGACUAGUGGAGUUGGGGUUUUGUGCUCGAGCAGUGCUCUGCAUGCUUGAUAGCCUCAGCUGUCUCCCGCCAGGGCUCUGUCCUUGUCCCCACCAUAGCUCUGCAGCCCUCCAGCUGCUUGGGAUCCCGGUCUUCCUGUCUGCUUCACGUUUGACUUCUCGUUCUUGCGUUGCGAGCAAGUCCACGGAGGAGAUGGUGGCUCUCCAGCCGUGGUGUGACAGAGCAGGGUCUCUGUGCAACAACCAAGCCCACCACAGAUGGGGGUCACUGACUGAUCCCUGAUGCUGGUGGGACCCAAAGGACUUGAGGACUCAGGCUUUGUCCGUGAGGACUGUCAGGACCUGUCCUGUACGUUUGGGGCCAACGUCAUGUAACUUAAGGCCAAGACAUCAAACAAGGAAGUCUGGAAUAAAUAGCUUUGUGGCCAAGGGAA